AUGCUACUUCACAACUUCGUGGCGCACAUCGCCAACACCAGUCCUCAACUCAGCGCAACACUCACCGUUGCCGAUUUUGUUCAAUUCAUCUCCUUGGCCUCCGAGGUUCAGCAUAGCGCUGGAGUGGCCUUGCGCCUCACAUCAAACCGAUCUGUUUUAGCUUUCCUCACAACUGCAUUAACACCCCAGUUUGCCAACCACCUCAUGCAAGAUCUGUGGAGUUUAUCAUUUCCGUACUUAACAUGUUUUGACCCUGUUGGGGCCAUCCGAACUUUUGGUCACCAUUCUGACUUGACAACUCCAAUACACGAACGUUACUUACGGCCACCGGUUUCGCACUGUCUCGCUUGCCCAAAAGCCUGCAAGUUACACGUUCACACCCGCCUCAAUGGCUACCUGUUCGACACAGAUGGGGUGCAUACGGUUCAGACAGUGAUCUUGGAUUGUCCAGGCUGUAACGCUAUGUAUCGGCCCAGUUACUACACCCACAACGGUAUGCGACACUAUUGUACUUUGCAAAUGGGACGUGACGACACCAUUCUCCAUGUACACUGCCACUAUUACAUCACAAACCGGCUGGGACACCUCUUCCGCGUGAUUCAAAUGCUUGCUCAUGUCUCGCAUUUCAAUUUGACCAAUUGGUAUAACGAAAUCUAUGUCGAAGAGGUAGAUAUUCCGCAGUUCAACAAGGGCUUUUCGCCGGCUAUGUCCGAGGCGGUGUGCCUAGAUGGCCUUGAAUUGCGGGCCCUCAUAGGCCACAAAGAUCGACGACAGCAGCAACUGUCACUGCCUGCCAAAGGCAAUGACGAUGUCCGUUUGGACGAAGCCAUCGCGUCCCACCUUGAAAAACUCGAUAUUGAAGGGACUAGGUUCCGAGACCACUACUGCAGUAGCUGUGUCCGUGUGAAUUCUGGUGGUAUUGAUCCUGAUACGGGUGAGGAAAUCUUGAUGGGUAUACGUGCCGUGGUGACCGACGGGCUUACGAUUGGCCACUGGAGAUGCAGUGCCUCCACGGAUCAGCUGGCUGAACUCGCAAAGAAUUCAGGACAACCCUCACCCGAAGGGCCUUGCACAAACCGACUGCAAAACAUUAACGAUUGGUUCUGUACCUACCACUAUGGGCUCCUAGGCAAUCGAUGCCAUGCACAACCGUGCUGA